AAAAUAAAUUUGAAUUUAUUAAUUUCAAAUAAUUCCCAAAUUUAAUUAAUACGCUUUAUUAUUAUAAAAUAAACAAUUAAUAAUUCAAUGAUAAUACAAUGCACUUUUUACAAUUUUGUUUCUAUAAAUAUUUAUUUAUAAAUUCACAUUUCUAUAAAUAAUUCCCAACAGAAAACACCUUGUCGAGUGACAGAGUCAUUUCUGAUUUUCUAGAAUUUUUGAUUGUUCUAGAAGAAAAAGUUGUCAGUCAGCUGAUUAGCUAAUCAAUAACAAAUCCUUUGGGGUAGUAAAUUUACUUUUUUUGGGGCUUAAAAUAGUUAUGGAAUCUCACAGGGUUGAAGUGUACAUUUACGAUUUGUCUAUGGGGAUGGCUGCCCAUCUUAGCCCCAUGCUAAUUGGCAAGCGAAUUGAAGGAAUCUGGCACACCUCUAUAGUGGUCUACAAUAGAGAAUACUUCUUCGGUUCUCAUGGGGUAGAAAGUUGCAACCCGGGUAAGACGGCAAUUGGAACUCCUAAAGAAAUCAAAUACUUAGGAGACACUCAAGUUCCGUAUUCGGUUUUCAUUGAGUAUUUGAGUGGAUUGGCUCACAGCUCUUUCACUGGCAAAUCCUAUCAGCUCUUCACCCACAACUGCAACAACUUCUCGGAAGAAAUCGCCCAGUUCCUGUGCGGCGUUUCGAUCCCGAAAUACAUCCUCGAUUUACCCAACGAAGUCCUCAACGCCAACUUGGGACAAAGCAUCGCCGCCCUAGUUGGACAACUGGAAAAAAGCGCCAGGCCUAUUGAAGAAGAACAACAACAGGCCAUAGCCAGAGAAAAUUCGCCGGAUUUGUCCAAGGAAAUCGAAGAGGCCAGAUACAAUAGUUUUGUUUUGGAACAACGCAGGAAAACCCUAAGGGAAAAAUUAGCGAAAAAAGAAAGGAAAAAAGAGAAAAAACGCAAGAAAAUCUUAGACGCUGGUGGUGUUAUACCUGCUGAAUUAGAAGAAAUUGCAAUGGCUGACACUGAAGCUUUAAACGGUGACGAACCUGCACCUUUACCGUCAGAACAGGCUUUUGCUCUAGAAGAAGAGGAAAAAAGGGAGGACGAGGCUAAAAAAAAAGCCAGAGAUCCACCAAUUAUUUAUAGGGAUUUUAUAGAUGUAAAAGAAGAAUUCGAUGGCUUAGUCUCAAUAAUAGACGGCAAACUAAACCCCGAAGAACAAAAAUCAACUGAAGAGCUUCAACAGUACAUGAUAGGCGGCGAAGGAAGUUGGGCAUUGAGUGACGGAUUCCUAGAUUACAUCAAUCGAUUAUUGAACGACAAACAAUUACCAGUAGAAGCCAGAGUGAAAAUAUUAAAUUUACUUGCCGCAGCUGCCCUUAAAGACGACCUUAUUUUAGUUUUACAUUCAGACAGAAAGGAUCAUGUUAUAAUGAAUUAUGCUUUCGAAAUCGAUAGAUUGAGCAAGGAAGAACAAGAAGCUCUUUCAUUAUUUGUGGCAAAUAUGUUUGACAAUCUGAGCUCUUCCGAGUGGCUCCUCUACAUAUCCGAGUGGUCUUUCAACAAUCAACAAAUCAGCAAUAUACGAGUAACGACAAAAGUUGCAGUGCAUUGUUUGCUCUCUGACAAUGCAACUUUGCAAGACAGAGGGGCCGCUAUUAUUUACAAUUUGGCCUCUAAGGAGGUAAAAACUGUGGUUUUCGAUGAUAUAGCAGUCGAAAUAACGAUGGCCCUUUUGCAAUAUUUCAAUCAGAAACCGUCGGAGGAGCAGCUUUUUAGAUGUAUGAAAUCGCUGGCGCGUUUUGCUGAAAUUUCCAAGCAAGAAGUACCGCAGCUGAUUCAGAUGAUCGGGCCCGAUCCUAAAACUUUUAAGGGUACCAGCGAUAGGGUAGAUGCCUUGAUUGAUCAGAUUAGUACUAGAAUUCGCUAAUUAUAAUCCAAAAAUUGAAUAUAAUUUUGACUUUUCUUUGUUGUGCUAUUCUUGUUUUAUAAGUACUUGUUGUAUUUUGAUAAUUCUCUAUGAGUAAUAUGUUUUUUUUUUUUUUUAAUGAUGUUUUUGUUAUUUAUUGUAUUGAUUAAAGAUUAUUGGAUAAUAUUGAA